AUGAGACAAAACCAACGCGGUCUUCGGCCGGGAAUUGAAUUGUGUAAUGACAAAGCUCAACACGCUUUACAACAAGAACUGAACAACCUGAAGUCCAGCAUGUUGUCUUUGGAGCAUCAGAUGGGUAAGUUAAUAUAACUUUAUAAGUUGUACUUUUCAAGCUGUCGAAUGGCACGAGCAUAGUUGUUAUGUUCAAAAAGUGUAUAGAAUGUUACUUUAGGCGAGUUUUUAGUGAGUUAUUUAGCGUUUUAAUGAAAAAUGUUUUGUUUUUAAAAUUGCGAGUUCAGUUGUCUUUUCUAUGUACUUUUUGACCAGGCAGUGAGCCUACUGUAUCUCCAUUUACUUUCAUAUAUUACUAUGUUUUUGCCCACAUUGACUUGACGGCAAUAACAAGGUAACCGUCGAUUGUGAACCAUGACCUCGUCAACCAGCCGAUGUUGUUCGUGUGACCGCGUUUCCUUUUUUCAGACAAGGCAAAAGAAAGCCGCCGCAAACUAGAUGGAGAGCGUUAUCGGCUGGAGAGGAAGCUGGAGAUCUGCCAGCAGAACGUCGCCGUCGACUACGAAGUGUUGCGUCAGAUUCGGACUACUUACCCGCAGGAGAUUCAGCUGAGUGGCUUUUUGGUGGGCGAACUCCCCAAGCCAAUUAUGAAGUGA